CUUAACUAAUUUUUUUUAUUUCUUCCAGGUUGUACUAUGGAAGAUAAUCGCUGGUCAGUGACUUUUGACCUCACACCUAUCUCCAAAGGGGAUGAUCUAAGAUUGGUUGAGCUUCGAGUUCUUCUCCCACCAUUUGAAACCCCCGCCACAAUCACUAUGGAGAUCUUCCACACUGAAAAUGGACAGGAUAGAGUCUUCUUGGGGUCAAUCAUGAAAAGCAUGCCAGUAAAUCACCAUUCUGCCUGGAAAAGCUUCAACAUGACUAAUAUGAUGAGACAGUAUCUUCACAGGGGCAAUAAAAUUGCAAAUUAUAAAGACAUACAUGCUGUAGAAAAUACUUACAGCGCUGCAGUAUCUCAUUUUGAAAAUCCAGAAAAGCCAAUUAACAAUGAAGUCCCUCUUCAGAAGAAGGCCACAAAUCAAGCGAUCAUUGUAUUUUUCAGUAAGGACAAGCCAUUUUCCAAGCCAGAGUCUCCAGGCCUGAUUAAGAAAUUGUCAGGAAGCUCCCCAAAGAUGGCUGGGUUCCGGAGUCAAAGACGAAACAGAAGCGGCAGGCAAAUGAUUACUCCAUCCAUCACUCAUUUCAUGCCAGAAGAAGAGCAAAGACCUUUAUGUAGAAAGGUUGACAUGAUGGUAGAGUUCAAGGAGAUUGGAUAUGAGGAUUGGGUUAUAUUUCCCAAAAAUUACAAUGCCUACCGGUGUGAAGGAAGCUGCCAUUACUCACUAAAGGGCCCCGCCAAGAGGACAAACUAUAACUACAUAAAGGUGAGAAACAUUUAUAUUACUACCUCCUAUCACCUCCAAAAAACAUGA